CUUUUGGAUCGAAUGUUUUGAUAACCGCUUUUGAUAGAAAUAAAUGGGAUUCUUUUUUUGGUGUCCGGAAAUUUAUUGAAGUUUUACAUGUUUCUUUACUUUGUCCGUUCCGGCAGCCCUAUCAGUCCGAUUGCUCCAUCGCCUGCUUCUUCAAUUACUGCAUCGUCUUCGUCCAUGUCAUCGGUGGCUUCUCCAGCUUCGACUUGUUCAAAGCAAACAAUAAUGGAGGCUGCAUCGGGUAUUGUCGAGGGUAAAACUGACGUAGCUUACGAGAUCUUGACCCGGUUAGCUCAGGUUGCUAACGCUAAAGGGAAUUCAGAGCAGAGGUUGAUGGAAUGUAUGUUGUUGGCUCUUAAAUCGCGGGUUAACUCAGUAGAAAACCCGCCACCGGUGGCUGAGUUGUUCAGCAAGGAACACGCUGCAACGACUCAGUUGCUCUACGAUCUGUCUCCUUGUUUUAAUCUCGGGUUCCUGGCUGCUAAUUUGGCUAUCCUUGAUGCCAUUUUGGACCAGCCAAGCUGUAAUAAGUUACAUGUUAUUGAUUUUGAUAUUGGGCAAGGAGGGCAGUAUAUGAAUCUUCUCCACGCGCUGUCUGAACGUAGAAGUGGGAAGCCUGCAAUGCUAAAGAUCACAGGUAUUGCUGAUAAUGGUGGGAUUGAGAGGUUGAAGAUGGUUGGCGAUAAUUUGAGUCGAAUCGCUGAGGGAUUGGGAGUUUGUUUCAAAUUUAAUGUGGUAGCGAGUCUUAAACUCAGCGAUCUAAGUCGCGAGUCGCUCUGUUGCGAACCGGACGAGUCAUUGGCUGUUAAUUUUGCGUUCAAGCUUUCAAUGCCCGACGAGAGCGUGUCCGUGGAGAAUCCAAGACACGAGCUUCUCCGUUGCGUGAAGGGAUUGGGCCCGCGCGUGGUAACAUUAGUGGAGCAAGAAAUGAACACGAAUACGGCGCCGUUCGCGUCGCGGGUGGGAGAAGCUUACGGAUAUUAUGGAGCGUUGUUUGACUCGAUUGAGUCGACCGUGCCGAGGGAGAGCUCAGAUAGACUGAAGCUGGAGGAAGGGCUCUGGCGCAAAAUUGCCAACUCAGUUGCGUGUGAGGGGAGGGAUCGCGUUGAAAGAUGCGAGGUUUUUGGGAAGUGGCGGACCCGGAUGAGCAUGGCGGGGUUUGAGUUAAAGCCACUGAGCCAAAGCGUUGCAGAGUUGAUGCGUGCUACACUCAAUUCUGGUAACUGUGUCAACCCGGGAUUCACCGUCAAAGAAGAAAACGGAGGGGUUAGCUUUGGUUGGAUGCGCCGAACUCUCACCGUCGCAUCCGCUUGGCGUUAACCUCACUUCUCCCUUUUUCUCUUUUCAAUAUCAUUAUUAAUUGUUAUUAUA